AUCCGAAACUGUCAACGACGAACGAAACCGCGGUUAUCGAAGACCUGGAUUUCUGCACAAAGUACAACUUCGCAGUGAGCGUAGCAAAUAAUGGAAACGAAAUCAAUCCUAACAACAUCAUGAGCGUCGUCACCCUCUUGGAUAGAAAAGCUCCCCCGCAAGACUUACAGGUUGAUUUUGAGCCAAGAGAUCCUCCGUGUUUGCUACUGAAAUGGUCGGCGUCCUGUGCAAAUAUUGGACAACCCAUCGGAUACGUCAUUUCAGCAUUCGAAAGGAGCUCAUCCCGGUACACCAUUGUCACUUUGCCUGCCAGCAAAAGGGUGGAUUACGUUCACCAUUUCAAAGUAAAUUACGGUGCGAAAUUCGACAUCAAAGUAUCUACGAACGUUGCCGGUUCACAAGCCUCAGAAACUGUGACAUACAAAGUUCCAAACUUCCUACAGCCUUAUAAAGUCAGGGUUACAUCGAAUCCAGACGGAGCAUUUAUGAUUUAUUGGAAGGAACCCUUUGUGUCCUACUAUAUUGACAGGGUCUAUUAUGAG